AUGCAUGCUGCUUAUGGAGAUGAUUAUUAUAUCUGCAGAUUUCAGGAACCUGGGAAAAUGGAAGAUGAGAUGGCUGAAGUUGGCGCUGCAUAUGUGCUGAAAGAUAUCCUCACAACUCGCCAAACUGAAGAUGAUCUUGCUUAUUAUGUCUCAAAACUUGAGAAAACUGGCUUCACUGGAGGAUUAAACUACUAUAGAAACUUUAACACAAAUUGGGAGCUGAUGGCACCCUGGAAUGGAGUGAAAAUCAAGAAAGGGGUGGCUCACUUCAAUAAUCAGGAAACAGCAGAAGAAAUUAGCAAUCACAUUUACGAAUACAUCAAGAAGUUUUGA